AUGAUGUCGAGGAACGUUCUGCGCCAAUCUGGCCGCAUUGCCGGUGCCAUUUCAGCAUCGGGAAGAAUAGCUGCGUCCCGUGUCGCUGCUCCUGCACCAUUCAAUGCCGCCUCAAAACAGAUCCGAUCGUACGCUGCCGAUGCUAAAGCUUCUCCCACUGAAGUCUCCUCGAUCCUCGAGCAAAGAAUCCGCGGCGUUCAAGAGGAGGCAGGUCUUGCUGAGACUGGCCGUGUUUUGUCCGUCGGUGACGGUAUCGCCCGUGUCCAUGGCAUGAGCAAUGUCCAGGCUGAGGAACUGGUCGAAUUCGCUUCCGGCGUCAAGGGCAUGUGCAUGAACUUGGAAGCUGGUCAAGUCGGUGUCGUGCUGUUCGGUUCCGAUCGUCUCGUCAGAGAAGGAGAGACCGUCAAGCGUACCGGCCAGAUUGUCGAUGUUGGAGUUGGCGAGGCUCUGCUUGGCCGUGUCGUCGAUGCCCUUGGUAACCCCAUUGAUGGCAAGGGUCCCAUCAAGACAACCGAGAGACGCCGUGCUCAGAUCAAAGCCCCCGGUAUCCUUCCCCGUCAGUCCGUCAGAGAGCCAGUCCAAACUGGUCUCAAAUCCGUCGACGCCAUGGUGCCGAUUGGUCGUGGUCAACGUGAAUUGAUCAUUGGUGAUCGUCAGACUGGAAAGACUGCCGUCGCUCUUGACGCUAUCUUGAACCAAAAGAGAUGGAACUCCGGAAACGACGAGAGCAAAAAGCUCUACUGUGUUUACGUGGCCGUCGGUCAGAAGCGAUCCACCGUCGCUCAGCUUGUCAAGACUCUUGAGGAGAACGACGCUAUGAAGUACAGUAUCGUCGUUGCGGCAACUGCUUCUGAAGCUGCUCCUCUGCAGUACAUUGCACCUUUCACCGCAACUUCAAUCGCUGAAUACUUCCGAGACAAUGGCAAGCAUGCUUUGAUUAUUUACGACGAUCUCAGCAAGCAAGCCGUGGCAUACCGUCAAAUGUCUCUGUUGCUCCGUCGUCCCCCUGGACGUGAAGCUUACCCUGGUGAUGUCUUCUACCUCCACUCUCGACUUUUGGAACGUGCAGCCAAGAUGAACAACAAGCUUGGUGGUGGUUCUUUGACUGCUCUGCCAAUCAUCGAAACCCAAGGUGGUGAUGUGUCCGCCUAUAUUCCCACCAACGUCAUUUCUAUCACCGACGGCCAGAUCUUCUUGGAAGGUGAAUUGUUCUACAAGGGUGUUCGACCUGCCAUCAACGUCGGUCUCUCUGUCUCUCGUGUCGGUUCAGCUGCCCAGCUCAAGGCCAUGAAGCAAGUCGCCGGUUCCUUGAAGCUUUUCUUGGCCCAAUACCGAGAAGUCGCCGCUUUCGCCCAAUUCGGUUCAGAUCUUGAUGCAUCCACCAAGCAGACCCUCAGCCGUGGUGAACGUCUCACCGAGCUCCUGAAGCAGAAGCAAUACUCGCCCAUGGCUGUCAACGAAAUGGUUCCCCUUAUUUACGCCGGUGUCAACGGUCACCUGGACAGCGUUCCAGUCGGCAAGGUCCUGCAAUGGGAGGCUGACUUCCUUGCCCACUUGAAGACCGAUCAGGCCGAGCUAUUGGCAAGAAUUGACAAGGAGGGACAGUUGAGCAAGGACCUCGAGGCGGACCUCAAGGAGGUCGUCGUUAACUUCACCAAGAGCUUCACAUAG